UCCCGCGGUCCCACCAUCUUGUCCCAUGGCCUCGCCUCAGCCACCAGCUGGCGACCAACCAUAGUGCCAGCGGCGACAACAGCGGGUUCCUGGAAACAUGAUUGCUCAUCAGUCUUGAUCUUGCAGCUCAGCAACGACUCCUCCUCCAACCAUGUCAAGCUCAGGCUACCCUCCUAACCAAGGAGCGUUUAGCACAGAACAGAACCGUUACCCAACACAUUCGGUCCAGUAUACGUUCCCUGGCAGCCGACACCAACAGGAGUUUGCUGUGCCUGAUUUUCGCACUUCUCACUUGGAAGUCAGUCAAGCCACCCAGUUUCUACAGCAGCAGCAGCAACUCCGGCGGAGGCCUUCCUUGCUUUCCGAAUUUCACCCUGGAUCAGAUAGGCCCCAGGAAAGGAGGUCGGGCUAUGAGCCACAGUUUCAUCCUGGCCCGUCACAAGGUGAUCAUGACUCUCUGGAGUCAAAAAGGCCGCGUCUGGACCAAGUUUCUGAUACCCCCUUCCAGCGGGUCGGUGCUUCUUCAGUCCUGCCCUUGGUCCACCCAUUGCAAGAGGGGUUACGUUCAGCAGACCUAAAGAAGGAUUCAGCUUUUGGAGGCAAGCAUGACGGGCCGCCAUCACCCAUGUCAGGUCAGCCGUGUGGAGACGACCAGAACGCUUCUCCUUCCAAGCUGUCGAAGGAAGAGCUGAUCCAGAGCAUGGAUCGGGUGGACAGGGAGAUCGCCAAAGUAGAACAGCAGAUCCUCAAGCUGAAGAAGAAGCAACAACAACUCGAAGAAGAAGCUGCUAAACCCCCAGAGCCAGAGAGGCCUGUCUCCCCUCCUCCUGUGGAACAGAAACAUCGCAGUAUUGUCCAGAUUAUUUAUGAUGAGAAUCGGAAAAAAGCUGAGGAAGCUCAUCGGAUCUUUGAAGGCCUCGGUCCCAAAGUUGAACUGCCACUUUAUAAUCAGCCAUCAGAUACGAAGGUGUACCAUGAAAACAUCAAAACAAACCAAGUCAUGAGAAAGAAGCUGAUUUUGUUUUUUAAGAGAAGAAAUCAUGCCAGGAAACAAAGGGAGCAGAAGAUCUGCCAGCGUUACGAUCAGCUGAUGGAAGCAUGGGAGAAAAAAGUUGACAGGAUAGAAAACAACCCUCGCAGGAAGGCUAAGGAAAGCAAGACACGUGAAUAUUACGAGAAACAGUUUCCCGAAAUUCGGAAGCAACGAGAGCAGCAGGAGCGGUUUCAAAGGGUUGGUCAAAGAGGGGCUGGCCUUUCGGCAACCAUUGCUCGAAGUGAGCACGAAAUCUCUGAAAUAAUUGAUGGACUUUCAGAGCAGGAGAAUAACGAGAAACAAAUGCGCCAGCUCUCCGUCAUUCCUCCCAUGAUGUUUGAUGCAGAACAGAGGCGCGUGAAGUUUAUUAACAUGAACGGGCUGAUGGAAGACCCCAUGAAGGUGUACAAGGACCGGCAAUUUAUGAACGUCUGGACCGACCACGAAAAGGAGAUCUUCAAAGAAAAGUUUGUCCAACACCCUAAGAACUUUGGCCUAAUUGCUUCCUACUUAGAACGAAAGAAUGUUCCAGACUGUGUUUUAUAUUACUACUUGACCAAGAAAAAUGAAAACUACAAAGCUUUGGUGCGAAGGAACUAUGGCAAACGGCGAGGGAGAAACCAGCAACAGAUUACCCGUCCUUCCCAAGAGGAAAAAGUUGAAGAAAAAAUAGAGGAGGAGAAGGCUGAAAAAGCUGAGAAAAAGGAGGAGGAAAAGAGAGAUGAAGACGAAAAAGAUGAAAAAGAAGAAUCCAGGGAGAACAUUAAAGAAAAGGACAAGAUCGAAGCUGCCCCUGAGGAACCUGAGGAAAGGGAGCAGACUGCUCCGAGAGGACGGAAGACUGCCAAUAGCCAAGGCCGCCGGAAAGGCCGGAUCACCAGAUCAAUGACAAAUGAAGCUGCUGCAGCAAAUGCCGCAGCCGCUGCUACCGAAGAACCACCACCUUCGCUGCCGCCCCCUCCAGAACCUUCUUUGGCAGAGCCGGUGGAAACCUCCCGCUGGACGGAAGAAGAGAUGGAAAUUGCGAAAAAAGGGUUAGUGGAACACGGGCGAAACUGGGCAGCAAUAGCCAAAAUGGUGGCAACCAAGAGUGAGGCCCAGUGCAAGAACUUCUAUUUCAACUAUAAGAGGCGGCACAACCUCGACAGCCUUCUCCAGCAGUACAAACAGAAAUCUUCUCGAAGGCCUCGCGAGGAGCGGGAAGUGUCGCAGUGUGAAAGUGUGGCUUCAACGGUCUCUGCUCAAGAGGAUGAGGAUAUUGAGGCAUCCAAUGAAGAAGAGAACCCGGAAGACAGCGAAGGUGCUGAAAAUAGCUCGGAUACCGAAAGUGCUCCCUCUCCUUCCCCGGCGGAAGCUGCCAAGUCCUUGGAAGAUGCCCCGGCUGAGAGCAGCUCUUCCAGGAUAACCGCAGAGGCAGCCGUUGAGCAGGAGUCGACCAUUAAAGCUUCCCCAGCAGCGUCCCCUCCCUUGCCAGCUCAGAGCACAAAGCUGGCUGAAAACGAGAGCGCAGAGUUCCAGGUGAAAGAGGAGGCCACAACCGAGGGGGAGGACUCCAUGGACGUGGAGAAUCGGAGCCAGAUGAUCGAUGCCAAGCCCGUGCUGAACCUGGCCGUGCAUCCCAAAGUGGAGCCUGUCGAGGCCGAAGCCAGGCUCCCGGAAGACGUCCAAGUGAAAAUGGAGGCCGAUGCCAAAGAGAGGGACGGGUGCAAACCCAGGGAGAAACUCGAGCAGGAGGACAUGGACUUCGGGCCUGCCCCACAGGCCAGUGCCCAGAGGCUGGAAGCGAAUUCAGACAACGAUUCGAGCGCCACCUGCAGUGCCGACGAGGAAGUGGAUGGAGAACCUGACAGGCAGAGACUCUACACAAUGGACUCAAAGCCUUCCUUACUGAACCCCACGGGGCCACUGCUAGUAUCAUCCACCAUUAAGCAAGGGCACAUGGACCUACAGCAGCUCCAGCAUCGAGCCGCCAUAAUCCCACCCAUGGUCUCUUCUACGUUGCAAGGGCUGCCCCAGGGGAUCCCGAUGAGCGGCUACACGCUCUUGCAGCAGCACAUUAAAGCCAUGCACAAGUCCACCAUGCUAGAGGAUCAGCAGCGCCAGAGGCAAGAGCAAAUGGAGGUGGACUGCCGGAGGUCUGCCAGUCCCUGUGGCACAUCCAAGAGUCCAAGCCUUGAGUGGGAUGGGAAACCAGUUGCCUACAUGCCUUACGCUGAAGUGAAGCGUGCCAUGGAACAAGAAGCACAGAUGCAGAAUACGGUGGUGAGAUCCGCCUCACCCUAUCGCCUGUCUCCGCAAGGGGUCAGCAAGGCCUCUCCACAGCCAGACAUGAAUGCAGCUCGCUACAGCGUUCCGCCAGUUCUCCAGCCAGCUCCUCAUCAAGUAAUAACCAGCCUACCUGAAGGGGUCCGGCCUCCAACAACGCGGCCCACCAGACCGCCACCCCCACUGAUUCCAUCUUCCAAAACAGUGAUGCCAUCAGAGAAACCGUCUUUCAUUAUGGGAGGUUCUAUUUCACAGGGGACACCUGGAACUUACUUAACGUCCCACAGUCAGUCGUCUUAUAGCCAAGACCCACCAAAGCCUUCUGUGGGUUCCAUAUCUCUAGGCCUGCCGCGACAACAGGAGUCUGCCAAAUCAGCAUCCAUGCCGUACAUCAAGCAGGAAGAAUUCUCUCCCAGGAGCCAGAACUCUCAACCUGAGGGCCUGUUGGUCAGAGCCCAGCAUGAAGGUGUGGUUCGAGGUCAGUAGCCCAAAAUCAGUUUAAAGGAAAACAUAAUAACCCGAGGGACUCCAUCCAGCAAAGUUUCUGUUGAAACGAUGGCUUCCCUGCGAGGCUCCAUCACUCAGGGGACACCGGCUCUGUCUCAGUCAGGGAUUGCGGCUGAUGUAUUGCUGAAAGGAACCAUUACCAGGCUUGCCACGGAGGACAGCAGCCCCGAGAAGUGCAGAGAUGAGUCAGCGGCGGCCAAAGGCCAUGUCAUUUAUGAAGGCAAGAGCGGGCACAUCAUAACCUAUGAUGCCAUUAAGAACGUCCGAGAGGGCACCCGUAGCCCAAGGACCGCUCACGAAAUGAGCCUGAAGAGAUCCUACGAUUCCAUAGAAGGAAACAUCAAGCAAGGGAUGUCGAUGAGAGAAUCUCCAGUCUCUGCACCACUAGAAGGAUUAAUCUGCCGCGCUCUUCCUCGGGGAAGCCCUCACUCAGAACUGAAAGAGAGGACUGUGCUGUCUGGCUCCAUCAUGCAAGGUACGCCAAGAGCUACAUCUGAGAACUACGAAGAAGGCCUCAAGUACCCCAAGAUGAUUAAGAAGGAGUCUCCGCCAACGAGGAGCUUUGAAGGUGCCAUUACCAAGGGAAAGCCGUAUGACGGGGUCACCACCAUUAAAGAAAUGGGGCGCUCCAUCCAUGAAAUCCCAAGGCAGGACCUUCUAAGCCAGGAAAGCCGCAAGACCCCGGAGAUAGUCCAGAGUGCUCGGCCUAUCAUCGAGGGUUCCAUUUCUCAGGGCACACCCAUAAAAUAUGAAAGCAGCUCAGGCCAGCCCACCAUCAAACACAACGUCAAGUCUUUGAUCACCGGGCCCAGCAAGCUCCCCCGAGGCAUGCCGCAGCUGGAGAUGGUGUCUGAAAACAUGAAGGUCGUGGAACGAGGGAAGUAUGAAGACGCCAAGGCUGGGGAGGUCCGUUCCCGCCAUACCUCUGUGGUCAGCUCCGGGCCCUCGGUCCUCCGGUCGACUCUUCACGAAGCUCCCAAGUCGCAAGUGAGCCCUGGGAUCUACGAAGACGCCAACGCAAGGAGGACCCCCGUGAACUACCCCAGCAUGUCCAGGAGUUCUCCGAUGAUGAACAGAGUCCCAGAAGCCAGCAUAUCCUCCGGGAAGACUGCAAACCACGAGAGGAAAUCCACUCUUACGCCGACGCAGAGGGAGAGCGUGCCAUCAAAAUCUCCUGUGCCAGGGGUGGAUCCUGUGGUCAGUCACAGCCCCUUUGAUCCCCACCAUAGAGGCGCUACUCCCGAGGUGUACAGGAGCCAUCUCCCUUCACACCUGGACCCUGCAAUGCAGUUCCAUCGAGCUCUGGAUCCUGCUACUGCCUACAUGUUCCAGCGUCAGCUCUCUCCCACGCCUGGAUACCCUAGCCAGUAUCAGCUCUAUGCGAUGGAGAACACCCGGCAGACCAUCUUAAACGAUUACAUCACUUCUCAGCAGAUGCAGGUCAACUUGCGCCCUGACCUUGCCCGGGGACUCUCCCCCCGGGAGCAAACGCUGGCGAUUCCCUAUGCAGGAGCCAGAGGCAUCAUUGAUCUGAACAGCAUGGCUCCCACUAUCUUAGUCCCUCACCCUGGUGGAACCAGCACUCCUCCGAUGGAGAGAAUCACAUACAUCCCUGGAACGCAGCUUGCAUUCCCAACCCGGCCCUACAACCCUCCCUCCAUGUCCCCAGGGCACCCCUCACAUCUGGCAGCAUCUGCAGUUGCAAAUGCUGAGAGAGAACGAGAGCGGGAGAGAGAGAAGGAACGAGAGCGGGAGCGAGAGCGGGAGCGGGAGCGGGAGCGAGAGAGAGAACGGGAGCGCGAGAGGGAGAGGAUAGCAGCGGUUCCCUCGGAGCUUUAUCUUCGUCCAGGUGCUGAGCAGCCAGGGAGACCUGGAAGCCAUGGCUACGUCCGCUCACCCUCCCCUUCAGUCAGGAGCCAAGAGAAUAUCUUACAGCAGAGGCCCAGCAUUUUCCAGGGAUCCAAUGGAACAAGCGUGAUCACCCCUCUGGAUCCCACCGCCCAAUUACGCAUCAUGCAGCUCCCUCCUGGUGCUCCCUCCAUAACGCAGGGGUUGCCCGCUUCACGCUACAACACGGCUGCCGACGCCUUGGCCGCUCUGGUGGACGCAGCUGCCUCUGCCCCUCAGAUGGACGUGGCCAAGUCCAAAGAGAGCAAGCAUGAUGGCGGCCGGAUCGAAGAAAACAUGGGCCGCCGGUCGGGAGUGAUUAGCGAACAGCAGCAGAUGGAACAGAAGGCGCUGGAGGCGGAGAAGAGGGGGCCUUCCGGCCCAUAUACGUCUUCGUCGUCCAGCUUUUCCAGCAGCAAGCCUCAGAGCCAGUCGUCUUCGGCCAUCUUCUCGGAAGCUGGGAAGGACAAAGGCCCCCCCUCCAUAUCCAAGUACGAGGAGGAGUUGCGGACCCGCGGGAAGACCACCAUCACGGCCGCCAACUUCAUCGAUGUGAUCAUCACGCGGCAGAUCGCCUCCGACAAGGAUGCCCGGGACCGCGGCUCCCAGAGCUCAGAUUCUUCCAGCAGUCUCUCCUCUUCCCACCGAUACGAACCACCCAGAGAUGCUAUUGAGGUGAUCAGCCCUGCAAACUCACCAAUCCCUCCCCAGGAAAAGAUGCCACCUUAUCAGCAAGAGGCCCCCAAAAUGACUCAGGCAGAAAGAGACUGCAACCGUCAGUACGAGGGGCCAGUUCACCCUUACAGGCCGCAGCAAGAUUCACCAUCGCCACAGACACCCCCUUCCUCCCAGGCCGAAGGAAUGGGACCUGUGCCACGAACCCACCGCCUGAUCACUCUGGCCGAUCAUAUCUGUCAAAUCAUUACGCAGGAUUUUGCUCGAAGCCAAGCUUCUACUCAGCCGUCUCUCCAGCCUCCCACUAGCACAUUCCAAACCUCUGCUCCCACCAGUGUCACCACAUCAAGCCGGGUGAAGACUUCUAACCGCUACAGCCCUGAAGUGCAGAUGCAGCCUGGCCCCCACCAACGGUCUGGGGCCCGAGUGUCUCCAGAAAACCUCUCUGACAAAAGCAGGGGAAGGCUUGGAAAGUCCCCCGAGAGAAGCCACCUUUCCUCAGAGCCUUACGAGCCGAUCUCACCGCCCCAAGCCUCAGCUGUGCACGAGAAGCAAGACACCUUGUUGUUGCUCUCCCAAAGAUCUGAGCCUUUGGAACAGAGGACGGACUCUCGUUCUCCAGGGAGCAUGAGCUACCUGCCUUCGUUUUUCACUAAGCUCGAGAGCACCUCGCCGAUGGUGAAGUCCAAGAAACAGGAGAUAUUUCGUAAGUUGAACUCCAGUGGUGGAGGCGACUCUGAGAUGGCUGCUGCUCAGCCGGGGACAGAAAUCUUUAACUUGCCAGCAGUCACUACCUCAGGUCCAGUCAGUGCUAGAGGUCAUUCCUUUGCAGAUCCCGCCAGCAACCUGGGCUUGGAGGAUAUCAUCCGCAAGGCGCUGAUGGGCAACUUUGAGGACAAAGGGGAGGACCACAACAUCGUCCUCCCUCAGCCCAUGGCCUUGGCCUCUGGCGGCUCUAGUUCAGCACUGCCCACGAACAGCGAAACCCGGCGGGAAGAUAUUAACCCAUCCCCCAAUCCAGGAGGAGGAGGAGUCAGCAAGCAGAAGCUGAUGGGCAAAUCCGGGAGCCGGAAGUCUAAGUCGCCAGUCCCCGGUCAGGGCUAUUUGGGAGCUGAGAGGCCUUCAUCUGUCUCGUCGGUGCAUUCAGAGGGAGACUAUCACAGGCAGACCCCCGUGUGGUCGUGGGAAGACAGGCCCUCCUCGACAGGAUCCACCCAGUUCCCGUACAACCCCCUGACCAUGCGCAUGCUGAGCAACACCCCUCCGAAUUCAAUGGCCUGUGCCCCACCAUCCGUCAGCCAGGCCGCAUCUCACCAACCGAACCGGAUAUGGGAACGAGAGCCAGCACCCCUCUUGUCGGCGCAAUAUGAGACUCUUUCGGACAGCGACGACUGACCUUGGGGAAAGGGGGGACCUUUGGAAAAAGCUUGAGUCCUUUGCAGGGUCGAAAGGCUGGUGAUUAUUAUUUUUUUUAAAAAAUGAGACGUGCCCAAAGACUUUGAAAGCGAGCGGGAAGGAUAUGCAAGAUGAAGAGGCGGCAGGAAACCUGUUCUGGAGCAGCCCCGUCGGGAGAUCUCUUCCUGCCCCUGGAACAGUCAGCAUCCUGAAGAUUAAAUAUGUAAAGAGGUUUUUUUUAAAAAAGAGAGGACUUAUUCCUGAGCGACAUCUUAUUUGUAAAGAGAACCAUAACAUAAUGUCUUUAAAAAAUCAUUCUUCUGUAAAUAGAGUAAUUUUCUGCAGUGGUUCCCCCCCCCCCCCCUUCCCUGGCUAGAGUAUCUGGUGUACUUAUGUUUCAAAUCAUUGCAUAAACCUUUGGGGGUCAUUUUAUAUUUUUUUUUAAGCAUUUUCUCAAGUGUAGGUUGUUCAUAAUCUUUUUAAGGCGCCAGCCACCUAGAACAUCAGCCUUUCGCUGUUGUCACUGAAGCGAAGGGAAGAAUGUGCGUAAUGCUCCGAUGUUCCAGGUGGGAUGUCUGUCCUUGGCCACACCGGGCAGCAGGCGUCUUUGGCUCAUCUCCCGGAUACUGCUGUUUGCAGGCAGUGCUGAUAUAUAUUUUUCCAUCCAAUUCCGCACAUGCUUUUCCCCCCCCUUCUGUGGUUGUUCAAGAUCUUGUGGAAAAUAACUUUUUAAAAAAGCUGACCCCUCCCAAUUUUAACUAGUCUCUGGAGUAAAAAAAAAAAAAAAAGCUUUUUAAUGACGUUGCCACGCUGUAAAUUUUUUCCAUCCGGUAAUUUUUGUUCAGCAACACUGUGAAAAUAAUAUUGCAUGGGUACAUAAUGGUGAAAUUUCCCUCUCUCUCACUCUCACACACCUGUAAGAAAAGCCAGCAUUCCUUGCUUGAACACACUAAACUGCUGAAAAUGUGCUGCCCGUCCCAAAUUCUUGCCCCCUCCCCACCCCAGUGUUUGUUUUUACAUUGUCUGUUGUUUUGAAACCAAAUUUUGCUCUUCCAUACACAGCCGUUAGAAAAUAGACCCCUUGAGCUGCAAGGCUGAGUAUUUCAACUUCUUCUGAUAAGAAAAACUAUAGCUCUAGUUCUUUUAGGGUAUUCUAUACCCCUCUACCUUUCCAGUGUGUUGUUUUAUGGGAAACACUGCUUUUUAAUAUAGUUUAUUCCCUUUUCUCGUUGCUAUCUUAAGCCAACAUACAGAUCAGUUCCGGUACGACUCUUGACACAGACAUCCUUCUUGAUUAUCAAAUGUUCCUCCUCAAUGCCUAUCCCAGGAGGCUUUUUUGGGCGGGGGUGGGGAGGGCUGGAUUUCACUGGUGCACAGGAGUGGGCUUUGGGGAUCUAAACUGAGAACCUGUAGGAUCACUCUUAAGGGUGAGGGGGAAAGAAUUAGUGGUCAACUUUUAAAGAUGCCAUGCUAGGGGUGAGGGGGUAGCAGAAAUGAGAGAGAAGCAUUGCCUGUUUUUAGUGAGAAAGGUGGUGUGUGACUUCUUUCAUCUCUGGAAAAGUCCACAGUUUUGUCCUCUGGUAUCAGUAACUUCUAGAUGCUUGGGGGCAGUAGGCCGUUCAAGGGGCUUCGCAGUGCUAAGAAAAGCACAGAACCUUCCAGGGCUCCAACCCUCAUUGGCCCAAAUCUGUCACGUCAUCUAAAGCCAGCUGCGUUAGUUGCAUGUUUUCAUUGAUAUGUGACGCAAUGGCUGCUACUGGUGGAGUCUUGCCGAUAAUUAAAAUGAACCAGCCAUGCUUCUAAACCUCCACUUGGAUGUGGUCACUUAACAUCAGUUUUGGUAGCAGAUUUUUAGGGGGUGGGUUAUUAUAGAACCUCUUAACUUCCUUGGGAAACAGGCAAGUGUGUUCUUUUUUCUCCCCCGAAGGAACUGCUUUUUGGGGUUGGUUGUAGCAAAACAUCCAUUAAAUGCACCCACGAGCUGUGUUCACAAGAAGCCACCGUCUAUUUGCAAGCUGCCCUUUUUUACCUAUUCUCCUCCAGCCCAAUUUUCUUCCUCCUUUUGUCGUUAAACAGUAGCGUUUUAAAUUAUUAGAGGCUCAACUCGGAGCCAACUUGAGAGAUUCCAAAAGGUUUUUUUUUUGGGGGGGGGGGGGGGGCGACAUGUUUUCAUGCAGCGAAGCCUCUUGUGAAUUGUGAUACCCAAAAAUAACUGUGUGCGGUUUUGUGUGUUGUUCAAAAGAAGAACUAAUUUCCAACCUGUGCUUUUCUUCUGGGUAUGUUCAGCGAUCCUUAUGCACAGAGCUGUUGAUAAUUUGGUGUGGGGGGUGGAUGGCGGGGGAAGCGACCUGAACCCAUGCAUCUUGAAACCUUCUCAUUUUGUUCACACUCUUGUUUUCAGUACAAACUUCUUGCAAUUCAGACCAAUCCAAAUAAAAGGGGAUCAGUACUCCACCAAUUA